UUCCUCCUCCUCUUCCUCCUUUCCGUUCCGUUGUUUGAGUGUUGUUGUGCGGUGUUGUGGUCAAGACACCAUUUGACAGCAGCACGGAUGUCCAGCAGCUGAAAGUGGACCACAAAUGUCCCACAGAAAGUCCACGCUGGUGCCAGGAGGAGACCCGGCGGGGGAGAACUUGAGGAGGAGAUCCACGGUGGACUCGACAGAUGACCCUGAGCUGAAUCUACGGUUUCCACGGCGACCAUCCCAACCCGAGCGCCUCUGCAUCGGGCUGCAUCAUCCUGACAUUGCCGUCACCCCUGCAGAGACGCCCUCACCUGACGCAUGCACCCACCACCUGUGUCACUACACACCUAAGUGCUUCCUGGCCGUGCAGCGAGCGUGCACAGGAGGCCAUGGAUCCACUCCGUCACGCUACGGGGAAGAUGGCUGGCAUGACAGCACCUGCAGGACAACAAUCAGGGCUGACAACGAGGUGGAGGCCCACAGGGAGGCCAAUAACUACAAGUUUGGCUUCCGGAAAUGGAAAGGCAACGUGACGGAAAGACCGAUUGAAGACCAAUCAGACGUCGUCAAAGAGCUCUACUCGGACCUGAGCAUUGUUAAGCCCCAAGAAGGUUCCAUGCUGUCUUUUGGCAACAUUGUUUACGUCCUUUUAUUCGGCUGGUGGAUGUCUUUGACUUAUGUCCUCAUCUGUCCUGUCAUGUUUCUCACCAUCAUCGGCGCACCCUAUGGAAAACUGUGUUUCAAACUUGCCUGGUACUUCAUUUGGCCCUUUGGGAAGUCAGUGGAGAAGGCUGGGGACUUGUCAAGACGAUCCACAAUGAAGCCGCCGAGAUGUGAGGUCAUUCCUGAAGAGAGGGACUCUGAAGACAACAGGGACGUCAUCGAUGAAAAGGAUUCGGGGCCUCUUCUGAUGUCCUCCCCUUUACCAAUUGAGAUUCCAGUGCCAGAACUAUCAGUGAGGAGUAGAUCUAAACAUUGGUGUCGUGUCAGUACGUACAUUUGGCUCCUCCUUGGCUACCCCAUCCUGGUUGUGGUCCACGCUGUAGCCUGUGUCCUCUCCUGGCUGCUGGUCUUCACCAUCCCUGUCUUCAAGAUGAACGCCCGAACGUUUGCCGUCAUCCUACUCAUGGCGCCUGAGGACAUCCACAUCCACACCCCAGAAAAGACAUUUCGAUGCGAGACCAGAGUGAUACUGUGCUGCUACCGCGCCGUCAACAUGUACUACUACAAAUACACCGUGCACGGCAUCAACAUCUUCGCCCUCAAUCUUCUCCCCUUGGUCAUCAUGACUUUGGCUAUUGGGUACGCUGACAAGAACCACAAGUACUUCAGCUCGCAGACAAAGUUUGCCAGCGCCAUCACGUCCAUCAUUCCUCUGUCUUACUACAUCGGCAUGGGUAUCGCCAGCAUCUCCGCCCAAAGUAACUUUGCGGUGGGCGCGGUGGUCAACGCCACCUUUGGCUCCAUCACAGAGAUGACCUUCUACAUCACGGCGCUGCUGCAGGGUCAGCGCGCCGCCUCCAAGUGCUACGAGGAGAUCGUCAAGGCCGCCCUGACUGGCACCCUGCUGGGGUGCAUCCUCUUCAUUCCUGGCAUAUGUAUGAUCAUUGGUGGUAUCAAACACCAGGAGCAGCGAUUUAACAGCCGAUCAGCCGGCGUCAGCUCAGCUUUGCUCUUCAUAUCCAUAGGAGGCGUGUUCGCUCCCACACUCUUCUCCAAGACCUUUGGCAACAUGGUGUGUGAGAGUUGCUCCAACGUUCCCGGCAAUGCCAGCAUGUCCUUCAUGUGCAAGGACUGCCACUACGACAUGAGUAAAAGCGACCCGCAGUUGAUCAUGUCGCACAUUGAGCCUUUGGUGUACACCAUCUCCGUGCUGCUGCCCACCGCCUACCUGAUCGGCCUGGUGUUCACGCUGAAGACGCACUCGCACAUCUACGACAUCCAAGGGGGCCUCCCCAGCAGCCAGCACAUGGAGGGUGCUGGUGAGCGCGCCACGGCCCCCCCACUCCUCGCCGCUAACUCCUGCAUCAACGCCAGCGUUGUCGCCACCACCAGCCACGUUGCCACAGGUCAUCACGUGGUCCACUGGUCAAGAUGGAGGGCGCUGGCCGUGCUCAUUGUCGCCACCGUGCUGAUGGCGUGUUGCGCUGACCUCAGCACGGAGAACAUUGAGCCCAUGCUGACCAACUCCUCCAUCUCACUGUAUUUUAUCGGGGUGACGGUGUUGGCAAUGGUGCCUGAGCUCCCUGAGAUCGUCAACGGGAUCCAGUUUGCGCUGCAGAAUAACAUCAGCUUGAGUCUGGAAGUAGGAAGUUGUAUUGCGGUGCAGGUGUGCAUGAUUCAAAUCCCUCUGCUCAUCCUCUUCAAUGCAUUCUACGAUGUGGGCUUCGUGCUGCUCUUCAGUGACAUCCAUCUGUGGGCAAGCAUCUUCAGCGUCAUCCUGGUCAACUACAUAUUCAUGGAUGGAAAGUGUGACUACUUUCAGGGCACUGCUCUGGUGGUGGUCUACCUCAUCCUUCUGGCGCUUUAUUUUUUUGCUCCUUCCCCACACUCCUGCUUAAAAGACACAAAAAAAUAAACUAAAAAUGUUGCUGGAAAAUAAGAUUUAUAUUAUGUCGCAUUUAAAAGAAGGUUUUUGCUAUUUUUUGCCGGUUCAGAAUCACUGUCAACUGUGCUCAAUAAAUGCAUCAAUUUAUAAUAAAGGUGUA